AUGAAUCGUCCAGUUCCUAUUGUACUCUUAAUUUUUGUUGUCUUGUUACCAUGUUCGUCAAAUAUAAUUGCUACUUAUUAUGAAAAUGAUACUGUUCAUGACAAUUAUUUUAAAGGAGUUUAUGCUGAUGGGACAAUUUUAAUAGGAGUGAGAUUUAAAGGUUAUCCAAAUAAUACUAUAAGCCUUCGUUUAAUUUAUCCUAACGGAACUCUUAAUUUUAUCAAUAAUGUUACGAUUCCAUGUAAUACAUGUGAUCCUACCAAAUAUAAUCCAAGCCCAUUAAAUCCAAAUUAUAUAAUAAUUUGGUACGAAAAGUCAGGAAUGAUAAUGGAUUGGACGGGAAAUAUAAUAACUUCAAAAAUAACACAGAGUAAAUGUGACAAGUUUGAAUUCGUUAUGAAUGAGAGGAGUGAUAGAUUUCUCAUUGCGGGAUACAAUGAAACAUCACAAAACAUUUUAUUUGCUGAAUAUUUUAUUAAUAAUGAUGGAACAAUAGGAAUUAAAGCACAAAAAAAUCUAACUUUCAAUGGAGUAGGAAUUAAAAAUAUUAUCGAGUUUAAAAUAUUCUUAUUAGGAGAUAUAUGGGGAAUUAUAUAUAAAGUGGACUUAGAGGAAAAAAGUGAAUAUAUUUAUAAUAAGAAAGAUGCUUUUUUUUCAUUAAUUCAUAAUGAAUCACAGAAUCGAAAUCUGAAUCCCUCAAUAAUUAAGGAUAUCUCUUUUAUUGGUGUUUCUUGUAUUUCUAAUGACAUUAACUACACUUGCAUAUACGUCACCUCAUACAAUAAUACGUUAAAAUUGAUUGAUAUUAAUAAUUUAACUUUAAAUAACACAUUUAAUAUGCGCUCAAUAGAUUUAUUCCCUUUUAUUAAUAUUUAUAAAUUUGAAAGUAUUAGUUCUACAGCAAAUAUUAUUCAUAUUAUACCGGAAAUUGGAUUCUUAGUUGAAGUUGUAUCAAAUGCAAAAACAAAAUAUCUUAUAUUUAAUACUGCAGAAAUUGAUUAUUUUGAUACAACAAUUAAAAGUGCUUCCGGUGAAAUUAUAAUAAACAACAAUGAUAAUGAUUAUAUAGGUGAUAACCUUUUUAUUUCAAAUACUACAGUUAUUCGAGCGAUAAAAAGGGAUAAAUCAUUUACUUAUGAGUCAACUGAUCUAACAACAAUUAUACCUAAAAAUAAUCUACUUAAUAAUAUUCAUAUCAAGCAAGUAUAUCCAUCAGAAAACGAUCUAAUCGAAAUUUAUACAGACAAAAUGAAUAUGACAUUCCUUAAUCCUAUUGACCCAACAAUUCCUGUUUAUAUUUCAAUAUAUCAUUAUCAUAAUUAUGAAGAUAUUUUACGUCAAAAAUUUUUAUGUACAAUGCCAUUUUGUACAAUAAGCGAAGAUUCGUAUUCGCUCAUAAUUAAUUUAUCAUCAAACGUUACUUUCAACAUACCAAAUGCUUCUUAUUAUGUUGAAAUCGAAGAUAAUUUUGUGGAAUAUAAAUAUGAAAUUGAAACGGUUCCAGGUAUAAAAAAACCAAAAAGUUGGAAUAUAUAUACAGCAUCCGAAUAUAAACAUCCUGAAAAAGAUAAUAAUGAUUUUAUUAUUGGAAUAUUACGCUUAAAUCCGGAAGGUACUCAAGAAUUUAGUAAAUUAGAUAAAAAUGGACGAAAUGAGUUUUUUAAAUUCAUGAAAAUUGACCUUUCGAAAGGUAUCCCGGUUGAUGAUUCAAGAAUUUAUAAAGUCGAUGAUAUUUAUGAACAUGAUAUAGUUACGGAUUCAGAAUUACUUUUAAUUUCAUAUAGAAUUGACCUUCCAGGUGAAAAUUGUUUUAAUAAGAAAAGCGCCAAAGAGAUCUAUGAUGAUUUAAAUUCUUUAAUUAGAAAUGAUAAGUUUAUAACAUAUCUUGAUACUAGUAAUUAUACAAAAAAUAUUGAUAAGGGGUAUGGAUUUCAAAGAUCAUCCAACCUAUGGGAAGAAAUUAAAAUUAGUUUACAUAAUUUUGUGAGGAAUACUGUUUCUUUAAUAAUACUAAUGAUUUCAACCGGUUUAAUUAUUAUUUUGUACUUUUUUGGGAGAUAUAAAAAUAGAAUGGGAUCUAACAUAAUUAUACUUAGAGUGGCAUUGAUCAUUUUUGAUCUAUUUAAUGAUAUUGGAUUUGUAAUUUUACUUGAAGAUGAUUUACAGUAUCUUUAUGUCCCAAGCGUUAUAUUUUUAUUAAUUCCUUUCAUUUUAAAUAUUCUUUUGGCUUUUAUAAUAUUUUCACAUGAAAUACAAUACCCUGAAUUUAAUAAAUGGCUUAAAAAGUAUUUAAAACCGGUCGCUAUUAUAACAUUUUUUAGUUCAGGAGACGUUGAGUUACUUCAUAUAUUUGAUUCAAAAUUUGGCGGAUUUCAAAUAUUUGAAGCAUCAUUCUCCCCAUUAGCGUUAAAUUUAAUAUUCUGGAGUGGUUUUUUAAAUCUUAUUCUAGAAGAUUUGCCUCAAUUAGUAAUUCAGAUUAUAUAUGCUAGAAAUUUUACAAAUUCAUAUAAAAUUAUCGCUUUUUUUACGUUAAUUACUAGUAUUGUUAUGACAUUAAUUGGUAUAAUUGAAUAUGGUUAUCAUUUAUUCAUAAAUAAAAAUAUCGAAAAAGAAGAAAUUGAAUUUUAUGAUGAGACUGAUGAAAUUAAAAUUAGUUAUGAUGAAUCAAAGAUGUAG